CUUUUCUAUUCUAACCUAUAAUGUGCAAACACGAAACGGAAAGUAACGUCGUAUCAGAUCUUAUAAAAUAAUCACACGUCAGCCUUAGCUAAUAGUAAUAAGUUACGGUAAAGUGCACAGUGGCAGAGUGUGAAACGCAUUUGAAAACAUAAGAAAAUGUCAGACGUGAGAGACUGGUUUAACUCAUUACCAAUAUUUACAAGAUAUUGGUUAUUGUUUACGGUUAGUUUGUCAUUAAUCGGUAGAUUUGGUUUUAUACAUUCAUCUACACUCGUAUUAUCCUAUGAUCGAUUUAUAAACAAUUUUGAAAUUUGGAGGCCAAUUACCAGUGUCCUUUAUUAUCCUACGAAUCCACCAGCAGGAUUUCAUUUUUUAAUUAAUUUGUAUUUCCUCUACAAUUAUUCAUUGAGAUUGGAACGUGGAGAAUAUGAUGGAAGACCAGCAGAUUAUUGCUAUAUGCUAUUGUUCAAUUGGUUAUGCUGCGUUAUAUUAGGAUUCAUUAAUGGCUUCCCAUUGCUCAUGGAUCCUAUGGUAUUAAGCGUAUUAUAUGUAUGGUGUCAACUAAACAAAGAUGCUAUUGUUAAUUUUUGGUUUGGUACAAGAUUUAAAGCUAUGUAUUUGCCGUGGGUAUUAUUUGGAUUUAAUAUGAUCGUUUCUGGAAGUGGCAUGAUGGAGCUCUAUGGUAUAUUAAUUGGUCAUAUCUAUGUAUUUCUUAAAUUUAAAUAUCCUCAAGAACUUGGAGGCAGAGAAUGGCUUGUUACUCCUAAAAUUUUGGAAACAUAUUUUCCUCCUCAAAGAGGUGGAAUUCGAUGGUUUGGCAAUGCACCUACGGAAAGACCUGGUAGACAACAACAAGCUAGAAAUGUAUUCGGUGGUCACUAUUGGGGAAGAGGACAUGUAUUGGGAGAGUAGUUUUACAUAUUUAAAAUAUAGGGAAGGUAUCACUUUAAUGUUAUCAAAGUUAUUAUCAAAUCAGUAAUUCAAUUUAUCGUCAUCUGUACAUCUUUGAAUGUUAUUGUAUAAUACACAUACAUAAAUUAAACAAAUAAAAAUUGCAAUCGGAAA